UCUAUUCCUGGAUUCUCCAAGCACUGACUCCCCAUCCACUCUGACCACAGCCAGGGGCCACAUCCCACUGCCUGCCCAGCGUCCAUCCAUGGAGGUGAGCACCGUGUCCCCAUCUCCCGCCUCACCCACUGAAGGAGACGAUCUCUGUGAUAUUGAUGUCACUGACGUGGCCGUAGACAGUGUGACACUGCUCAUCUGCCUCUGUGGGCUGGCCGGGAAUGGGGCUGUGCUCUGCCUUCUCCAAAGGAACCCUGCCACCUGUUACAUCAUCAACCUGGCCUUCGCCAGCUUCUCCUUCCUCCACUUCGCCGUCCCCUCCACCCUGCUCUACCUGCUGGAGGAAUUGUCCUGCUCCACAAUCGUGCCCCUGGUGUUCCUGAGGGCACUUUUCCCACUCCUGCUCUUCUCCUACAACCUGGGGCUGUACCUGCUGACUGCCAUCAGCAUCGAGAGGUGCACAUCCAUCCUCUGUCCACUCUGGUACCGCUGCCGCCGUCCCCAGCGCCUGUCAUGGGUGGUGUGUGCCUUGCUCUGGGCCCUCUCCAUCACUGUCAUUGUCACCAUGACUGCCCUGUGCCACUCAAAGGAGCACGAGCACUGUCAGAUGUCUCUCAUCACCAUGUAUGCCCUCAACCUCUUCUUCUUUGCCCCAGCCAUGGUCAUUUCCAGCACAAUUCUCUUCAUUAAGGUCAAGUGUAUCUCCCAGCAGCAGCAACCCAAGAGACUCAACAUUGUUAUUUUCCUCGUUGUGCUCUUCUUCCUCCUCUUUGCUCUCCCACUCAGCCUCUGCAAUUUCCUGCAGCAGCUCGGUUACAUCACUGUGCCCUCCCAGGUUGUUUUCCUGCUCACCUGCAUCCACAGCACCAUCAACCCCUUCAUCUACUUCUUGGUGGGGGGCUGCAGGAGACCCUGCUCUGUGGGAUCCCUCCGGCUCUCCCUCCAGAGGGUCUUUGAGGAGCCAGAAGAAAACACUGCCCACAGUGGUGAUCCUGCCAUGGACACAGCCUUUCCAGCCUGCUGAUCCCUUCCCUGCUCUGCUGAAGGACCUUGGCAGAGUGGCUGAGGGUUUCCUUGAGUCACCUGAUUAAUAAAUAUCCAUGGGAUCACCCUCCCCAUGGUGCUGUAAUCCUGAAGGAGAAGGGAGCAGGGGCAUUGCCAAGGGCCAUGUGGGAGGGAUGCUCUGCGAGGAGCCCAUUGGAGCAUGGCUGUGCUCCUCCCUCACGGGGCCUUUCCAACGUGGCUGUGAUCCCAAAAUUCUCCCUGGCACCCUGGUUCCUGCAUCCCACUGGGGUGUGAUAUCAAUAAACAGCACCGUGAACCCUGAGCUGCCUUCGCCUCCCGGCUUCCUCUGGCUGCUGCUGCCAGCCGGGAAUGUGGCUGGAGGGAGGGGACACACCCCUGGCUUGUGCUCCCUGGAGGAACAGUGAUCCCGAGUGCCCAGAGCUGGGCUGGCAGCGACACAGCCGGCACGGACACGAUGGCCCAGGGGCUCAGCAUAGCCCACCCCGAGUGCUCUGUGAGUGUCACAGCAGAAAUAUCCCCAGAAAUCUUUAAUUUUUAUUUUGUGAGCCAGGUGCAAAGGUCUCUCUGCCUUCAGAAGUUCUUCCUCUCCAUGGCCUUCAGCUGCUCCCUCAGCAGGCUCAGAUGGUGCAGCAGCAAGGAGAGGAGGCGGUCAUGGUCCUCAGCACGGCCACCCCCUUCCAGGAGCAGGGUGACACCUGUGUUUGUCACCACAGG